UAAAGAUGGCGCACAGACCGCAUGAUAAAAGACAUAGGGAGUUACAAGAGGAUGUCAAGCCCCCAAACAGCAGAUUAUUUAUUUUAUGCGGCAAAGGAAUCAAAGAAGAAGAAUUCAAAGAAGCUUUUGAAAAGUUUGGGACCGUAGAAGACAUAUGGGUCGUGAAAGACAGGAAGACAAAUGAGGACAAAGGUGUAGUUUACAUAAAGUAUUCCAAAGCUUCUGAGGCAGCUCUCGCAUUGGAGGAAAUGAACAUGAAAACUCUGCCUGGACAUCCCAAACCACUAAAGGUAAUAAUUGCCAGCAGCAAGAGAGAGGGAGCGGUGCGAGACCCCCGAGAGGAUGAGAAAAACCUCCGCCUGUUUGUCAUCUGCCCCAAAACUUACACCAAGGAGGACCUCAGGAAGGAGUUCGAGCAAUAUGGUGACAUUGACUCUGCGAUGAUUGUUUCUGACAAGCACACUGGAGAGAGAAAGGGCUUUGGGUACAUCCGAUUUCAUCGACCCUAUCACGCAGCUUUGGCGUUUGAAAACUGUGACCCCUCAUUUAAGCCAAAGUUUGCGGAUCCUAAGAACUCUGAGAGGCGGGACAGAGACCGGGAUUUUGAGGGCGGUUAUGGAGGAGGGGGCUAUGACAGGGAGAUGAACAGGUUUGGGGGCGGAUACAACGAUUAUGACAGCAGAGACAGGGGAUCCAAAAGACAUUAUGAGCAGAUGAGGGGCCCUCCAAGGGAUAUUUAUGAUGCCUACAUGCACGAAGGGGGAAAUCCAGGACCUCCAGGUCCUGUGAUGGGGGGUGGUGGGCAGGGCCCCAUGGAUUUACUACAGUCCUACAACACCCCCACACUGAGUACCAGGCUACAGAUCACGGCCCCCAUAGGUCUGACCCAGGGGUAUCUGACCCGACUCUUCAGUCUCAUUCCAGGACUCGAGUACUGCGACCUUAAUGAGACCACAGGUGUGGCCUAUGCUCGCUAUGUGAGUGCUCAGUGUGCAGCCUAUGCUCGAGAUAAGCUCAAUGGGUUCGAGUAUCCUAUCGGCAGUCGUCUGAUGGUGAGGUUUGCUGAUGAACAGAGACCAAUGGAAGGGCCCCCAAUGGGGGGACCUAAGAUGAUGGACCCGAGCUAUGGUGGUUACCCUGGCCCACGAGGUGGAGGGCCUCCCAAUGAUGGGCAGAAUGAGACUCUUAGGAGGGCCGCAGCUGUGCUGGAGAGGGCAGGCCUGAAUCCUGAGACCAUCCUUAACACGAGUUACAACUUUGAGCGCGUGCCAUACUGUUCCAUUCCUCUCCCCCCGCCCAAGCAGAUGUUACCGGAGGACACAGACGUGGCCCAGAGACUGUUCAUCGUGUGUCAGCCCUCGGGGAUCCCCGAGAAAGUCCUGAGGGACGCCUUCUGUAGGAUGGGCCAUCUCAUUGACGUGUAUUUGUUGCCAGCACGUAACUAUGGGUAUGCAAAGUUUGCUACCAAAGACAGCGCUAUGAAAGCCAUCCAGACUUUACAUGGCCAGAAUUUGGCUGGAAAUAGACUGAAAGUUCUGGAGGCUGAACCACAGCGGGGACCAGAUGAGGAGGAACCCUCCAAAAAAGCCAGAACCUAGAGGGUGAAUAACUCGUGACCUGAAGAAUUUUACGACUGACGACGACAUUGUUUACAUCUGGAUACCAAGAAAGACCACUCUGGAUGACAAAGGAUGACAAAGGGAAAUAACUCUUGACAAUACAUCUGACCUCUUUAAGGGUUAUGGUACUAUACAGGACAAAAUGAAACAAAAUGAUUUUUGAGUUUUCAUCUAUUUUUCUCAAUAUUAAUGGACUUUCAUCUUUAAAAUUCCAUAUUAGUUUUGACUGUCAUUAUUUCAUUUCAUCUUUAGCUUAAGUGUACAUAAAAUGUGUGAUUCUUUUAAUGAAGAAAAAAAAAGAGAAAAUUCAUAAAGACAAGAAUAUUAUCAUCAUGAUCAUAGAAACCUUGCUUGUCAUGCAGUUUGAUAUUGCUUCUAUAUUGUAUCAUAUUUCAUUGAUCAUUCAUUUCAUGUUGGAUAGUGGGUAAGUAAACCCUAGUCAGGGUUUUGCCUGCUCUGUAUCAUUAGAGUCAUUUUAUGUUAUGAUUUGUUGUGAAUAAACAACUAUUCUGAA